UCAUUCAUUCAUCUUUGGUUUGAAGUCGAUCAAUUUGCUUAUAUUGAAGGAAAUUCGAAGUUGAAUCAACAUUGAAAAGUGAAAGAUAACAACAAUAUACAUCGAAACAAAUACAACCUAACUGUACCAAAAAUGGAUAGUGUCGCAAAUUUCCGUAAUGUUACAAUAAGUGAGCCACGAGUUUUUGGACCACAACAGCCCAGUAUACAAACAGCUUUGGGCAGAGUUCCAGUCACAAGUAUGAACAGUGUAAAUCAAAAUCGUACAGCGACUACAAAUAUCAUCGCACCGCCCGUUCCACCCAGGCCAUAUUCAAAUGCACAACCAUUAGCGAUGUAUAAUUCUCCAUUAGGAAUGUAUGGUAGCACUGGCAUGUAUUCCAAUUCAAUGUAUGGCAGCUACUCACCCUAUUCUUACGGAAUGAAUCCAUAUGGUAUGAAUCGUUAUGGGGGAAUGUAUGGAAAUGGAAUGUACGGUAAUCAAAUGCGCGAUCCAUUGGAUCCAGAAACCAGAUUUAUUCAACUAGCUGAAGAAACUUCGAGACCUGCUUUUCAAAGCAUUGAAUCACUUGUGAUGGCCAUCGGCAAUAUUGCUUCCAUGCUUGAUUCCACAUUUUUUGCAUUGACCAGUUCGUUUCGCGCGAUAUUGGGCGUUGCAGCCAAUAUUGGACAACUUCGCGGGGUAUUCGCACAGUUUUGGUCUACAUUCGCACUGAUACGAGGAGUUACGUGGCUUUAUAGGAAAUUGUUGUAUUCGCUAGGCUUCACCAAAGUUGACCCAUCGACGGCUCGAUUCAAUGAAAUAUUUUCAGCAUCUGGGAACAGAACGGAACAAUUGGCAAACUCCCCAAAUGGUGCAUCGUUGAAGAAAGUAUCUGCUUGGCCAAUUCUCACAUUUUUGAGCCUCAUUUUUGCCACACCAUAUUUGAUCAUGAAAUUAAUUGGUCAAGUUUCUACGACAGCUAUUGAAGAAUCUCGAAAUCCUCAAACUUGGGUGAAUCCGUUUGUGGGUCAUGUAGUUUAUAAUUACAAGGCAACAAAUCCACAUGAACUAAGCAUUUAUUCUGGCCAACUAAUUCAAUUGGCACCACGAGAAGUGCAACAAACGCAUAAACUAUUGAAUACUGGAUGGGCAUUGGCAACAGUUGAUAAUAAAACGUCUGGAUUAGUUCCAAUCAAUUACGUUCAGCGUGUAGAAUCGAAAACAUUUGUUGCGCAAACCAAUGAAUCUGAGAUUGUACCAGAAGUACUACCGGAUAAUUUAAUGGAAAAAACUGUAAAAUCAAAUGUAGAUGAAAAAAAUAGUCAAUUGGACAUUAGCAAAAUGCCACCAAAUUUAAAUAAAUUAAAAAAUAAUGAGGAUGUGCAUAUGGAUCCAAUGAUAUAAAGAUAACGAAUGAUAUUAAAGAUCUUUGAGUCGACAUUUUCAUGACUAUUGAAAAUGGGUGCAUUAUAUUAUCCGAUAACAUUUUGACAAAACAAAUUUAAAAUUUAUAAACUGGUGAUAGUCAGGCCAUUUAUGAAUUCAACUGCAUUGUUAUAAAAAAAUGAACUGAUUUCUUAGAUUUUUUUGCAAAAAAAAAAAAACAAUUCAAUAAAUUUUCAAAUUUGCAGAGAAAACAAAAAGUGAUUUGUAUUUAGUAAAUAAGUUAGGGAUUUUUCUAUAUUUGUUAUUCACAUUUUGAUGAAGCAAGGAUAGGUUUGUUCUCAAAUAAAUUAAUUGGGCCAGUAGGCUCCCAAAACUA